UCCAGUGUAAAUCGUGUCUCCUAGAAAAGUGGGACAUGGCAAAAAUGGAUUGUGAUCGCCCUCCCCUUUACAAAUCAUCCUCUUCUCCAUGUCUACACCCAUCCUAAGCUCUAUUUAACCUCUCCUACUGCAAAACGCUGCAACCUCAUUCCCUUAACCCCUAUUUCCAUCUUCAUAAUGCCAACGUUUUUGCAUCUAUUCUUCCUCUAUUUGUGCACUGUUUUCUAUUCUUCAGAUGGAACCCAACUGAUUGUAGUGAACAACUGCAAGGAGCAUAUAUGGCCUGGAGUUCUUGCCACCGCUGGCCACCAAACUCUUCGAGAUGGCGGUUUUCAUCUCUACUCCGGCGAACAAGUCAUCCUCGACGUCCCCGAAAGGUGGUCGGGAAGAUUAUGGGGUAGAAGGGGCUGCUGUUUCGACAAAAACGGUAGAGGCUCAUGCCAAACAGGCGAUUGCGCGGGGAAACUACAUUGCAUGGGCACUGGCGGAGUACCUCCUGCUACAGUUGUAGAAAUGACUCUAGGAACCCCAACAAAUCCAAUACAUUACUAUGACGUGAGUUUAGUCGACGGUUUUAACCUUCCCGUCUCGAUGAUCCCGAUAGGUGGUGGCGUCGGGUGCGGCGUGGCAGCGUGUGAGGCUGAUGUGAACGUUUGUUGCCCAUCAAAUUUGGUGGUGACGAAAGAAGGGAAGGUGGUGGGAUGCCGGAGUGCCUGUUUGGCCACCGGGGAAGCUAAAUACUGUUGUACAGGGGAAUUUGCCAAUCCGAACACUUGCAAGCCUACAGCUUUCGCGCAUCUAUUUAAGGCCAUUUGUCCCCGGGCUUAUAGCUAUCCGUAUGAUGAGUCGACUGGACUUAAGAAAUGUAGAGCACAGCAAUAUGUUGUCACCUUCUGCCCUCCCAAUUAACGGAUAAAGGUAGAUUGAACAGUACUCGAAAGUUUAAAGGAAGAAAAAGAGAUUAAAAUCUCUUGUAUUGUAUUGUUCGGUCCUUCCUAAUUCUAUGUACCUAACGUGCCUUUGAUGUUUAUAAAGUGUUGAUUUCGUAAUCUGGUUCAUUUAUGGCAAA